AUGCGAUGCGAUGAGCUACCCACCUAUAAAACUAAUUCGAGUUUUGAAGCAUUAGGUUUCGGUUUAGUCACUCGAGAGUUCUUUGAAGUAAGAUUUGAAGGUAAAUUCAAGAUGUCUUUGUCGGGGGGUCAAAAACGAAAGAGAACUGACGAGUCCCCUCUCACAAGGCAGGAUGCAACAUCACAACCAUCCACUUCAUCUCUUUUACAGAAUACAGAAGAGGUCUCUUUUCCUAGAGGCGGAGCCAGUGCUCUUUCUCCUCUGGAAUUGAAACAAGUGGCUAACGAAGCGGCUAGCGAUGUCCUUUUCAAGACAGACGCUGCACCCCGUUCAACGGCGUCCAAAGACAGCCAGAGACCCAAGAAGAAGAAGAAACUAGGUAGUAGUGCAGGUGAUGUUUCAAAAACAUCUGCAGAGUCAGGAGCCGAGGACUCUGUAGCCAUCGUGGAACACUUGACGUUUAGGAACUUGCCAGUGGGGACUUUGGUUCUGGGCCAAAUUUCUCAAGUCAACAAGCAUGAUUUGUGCGUGUCUUUCUCCGAUGGCCUCCAUGGAUUUGUUACGCUGCCAAAUAUCUGUGAACCUUUUACUCAAAUUCUGGAAAGCUUAGAUGAUUCCAUGGAGAGUGAUGAAGAGGUAGACGCAAGUGGCUCUGAUGAAGAAUACGACAGUGAUGGAGACUCUGCAAAGAACCCAGUGCAAACGGAAAUUAAGAGUAAAGAUUUGCCUGAUUUGAGCCAUUAUUUCACAGAAGGACAAUGGCUACGGUGUGCUGUUCAAUCAAACACUGCCUUUGACAACACUAACAAAAAGUCCAAAAGAAUAGAGCUGACAAUUGAACCUCAGGCUACUAAUAAACUGAUAGAAGAAGAUUUGGUAAGGAGUUGCACGGUUCAGUGUGCCGUGAAAAGUAUCGAAGAUCAUGGUGCUAUCCUGGACGUCGGUAUCGAUGGCGUGCACGGAUUCAUAUCUAAAAAAGAUCACUCCCUUUUGCCUGAGCUACAAGUGGGUUCCGUUUUCCUUGGUAAUGUAUGGAAAAAGUCUGGCAGAGCUUUGACGGUUAACCUUGAUUUCAAAAACAAAAAAAGUAAGGUUACACAGAUAUCGUCAGUUGACGUUGUGAUUCCCGGCCAGUCGGUGGACUUUUUGUGUCAGAAGAAAACUUCAAACGGUGUCAUUGGUAAAGUAUUUGGGCUUGUAGAUGGAUUUCUGAAUAUUGCGCAGCAGCCUGACUUUCAGAGUGGCAAAACCAGUGAAGGCGCCUAUUCGGUAGGCUCUUCUGUACGUGCAAGAAUUAUUGCUACAUUAGUCAACAAAACUGGUGAUAAGUUCGUCAUCAUGUCCGAGCUCCCCCACAUAAUGUCACUUACUGGAGAACCAUUGCAAAAACAAGCUUUGGAGGCAUUUCCUGUAGGUUACACAUUCGAUCACUGUGAUUUGAAAGGUCGUGAUUCCCAGUUUUUCUAUCUAAAGCUCGGUAACGGCAGCAUCGGGCAGGUUCAUAUCUCCAACACCGGGACAGAGGAACCUUCUUCGGGUUGCCCCACACGGGUGUUGGGCUACAACAACUUUGACGGCUACUUCCAAUUAUCAACUGAUCCGAAGACGAUAUCAGUGGAGUACCUGAGAACUUCGGAUAUUCCACUAGGAACUAUUCUUUCUAGUUGCGAGAUCAAAGAAGUUUCUGAGAAAGGUAUCGUACUAAGCAUUCUAGGAGGUCAAUUUAGGGCAGUUGUGCCUCCACUUCACAUUUCUGAUAUUAGGCUAGUAUAUCCUGAAAGGAAAUUCAAGAUUGGCUCUAAGGUCAAGGGUAUGGUGAUCAAAGUCAACAACAGAGGGCAUCUGUUCUUGACGCUAAAGAAGUCUCUUGUUGGCCUUGAUCGCGAUGAGGUCCAACUAGCUUCAAGCUUCAACGAAAUUGACAUUAUCGCUUCCAAGGGCUCGAAGGUUGCAGCAAGUGUUGAAAUUUUCAAAAAUAAUGGAUGUGUCAUUUCUUUCUUGGGUGGCUUGAGAGGGUUUCUACCUAACAGUGAAAUUUCUGAAGCUUUCGUGAAAAGGCCUCAGGAUCAUUUGAGACUUGGGCAGACCGUGAUUGUUAAAGUUCUUCAACACAGUGAAGAAAAUAACAGAGUCAUCGUUACGUGCAAGGUUUCCAGUGAAUCAGCUUCUCAACAAAAAGAGGCCAUUGAGAAUAUGGCUCUGGGCAAGUCUAUAAUAAAAGUUGCAGUCGUCGAGAAAACCAAAGAUUCUCUUGUAGUCGAACAAGUUGCAACUGGAUUGCGUGGCGUUAUCUAUGUUGGCCACCUAUCUGACUCUAGAAUUGAGCAAAAUAGGGCUCAGUUGAAGAAAAUUAAAAUCGGACACGAAUUUGACGGCUUGGUUAUUGACAAAGAUGGAAGAACAAGGGUUUUUAACCUUUCUUGUAAGAAGUCUCUGAUGAAGGACGCUGAAAAAUCGCUACUUCCAACGACUUAUGAUGAAGUGAAGGAGAGAGGACAUCAGGCUCCUAUGCAUGGUUACGUUAAAUCCGUAUCUGAGAAAGGAAUUUUUGUUGCUUUUAAUGGGCAAUUUGUUGGUUUAGUGCUGCCAAGUUAUGCUGCAGAUAGUCGGGAUAUCAAUUUGGAGACUAAGUACUAUAUUAACCAAUCUGUGACAGCUUACCUGUUGAGAAGCGAUGACAAAAACGAGCGAUUCCUCCUCAGUUUCAAAGAGCCUAAGCCCAACGCCCUCAAACCUUCUAAGGAAGCCACGAUUGCAAUCAACCCUAUUGAUCAAUCUAUUAAAACUCUUGAGGAUUUUACUGUUGGUAAAUUCACCAAAGCAAUGGUUAAGGCAGUUAAGAGAAAUCAGUUGAACGUGGUAGUCGCCGAUAACCUUCACGGCGCUAUUGAUGUAUCCGAGGUUUUCGAUAACUUCGAAGAUAUCGAGGAUAAGAAGAACCCACUCGCAAGCUUCCAGAAAGGAGACGUACUGGAUGUGAAAGUCAUAGGCUACCAUGAUGUGAAGACUCAUAAGUUUCUUCCGAUUUCUCACAGAUCUUCGAAAAACAUCCUCCUCGGCUUGACUGCCAAACCCUCAAAUUUAAAGGGUUCGGCUCAAGUCGACAUCAAAAAGUUAAAGUCUGGUGAUGAAAUUGUAGGCUUUGUGAACAACAUCAUGAAGGACAUUGUUUGGUUAACUGUUUCUCCCACAAUUAAAGCAAAAGUUGCCUUUUUCGAUCUCUCUGAUGAGACAUCUGAAUUUGACAACGGUGUCGAAUCUUCCUUUCCAAUUGGUUCUGCUUUAAAGGUAAGAGUCACUAACGUAGACUAUGAUCGCAACACUCUCACCGUAUCGGGCAGAUCCCAUACAAUUCAGGACUUUAAAGAUAUAUCUUUGGGUGACAAGCUUCCCGCUCGUAUUCUAAACGUCACAGACAGUUACGUCUUGUUAGAAUUGGGUGAAGGCAUAAGAGGAGUCGCAUUCAUCACAGACGCUUUAAAUGACUAUUCUCAAUCGCUGAAGGACGCGUAUGGCUCACAAAAAAAUGAAAUAAUAUCAGUGACAGUAAUUGCUUUGAAUGAAGGCAAGAUCAAUCUGUCUCUUCGCUCGAGCGAGUCGAUCGACGGUAAUGCCAAAUCGCAUACCCAGUUGAGGAGAGGUGACGUUCUUCGCGCGUUUGUAAAAAAGGUUACAGACAAAGGUGUUUUCCUUCACUUAAGCAGCACCUUACAGGCCUUUGUUCCUGUCAGUAAGCUAACAGACUCAUACAUCAAAGAUUGGAAGAAGUUUUACAAGCCAUUACAGUCUGUAGUUGGUAAGGUGGUGAACUGUGACGAUGAUUCACACAUCCUGCUAACCUUAAAAGAGUCCGAAGUUAAUGGUGAUUUAAACAUAUUGAAGAACUAUUCCGAUAUCAAAGUUGGUGAAAUAUAUGAAGGUACUGUAAGGAAUGUAACAGAUUUUGGCGUUUUCAUUAAAUUGGACAACACUUUAAACAUCACAGGACUAGCCCAUAAAACCCAGGUUGCUGAUAUCAGAGUAGAUGACCUUUCCUCGAUUUUCGGCGUAGGUGACAAAGUGAAAGCAUUUGUUUUGAAAGUAACACCUGAAAAGAAGCAACUGUCUUUAGGUCUGAAAGCUUCUUAUUUCAAAGACCCCGAAACCGCAGACUCGCACAGUGAAGCAAGCGCUACCAACGAGGAGGUCGAUGAGGAUGACGAUGAUGGUGAGGAAUUGGUGGAAGGAGAAUUUAUUGAAAAGGAUGGUGUCUCCAGCGAAUCUGAUGAAGAUGAUCAAGUCAGCACUGUUUUGGACGAGCAACAACUCCCCUCUGUUGACGGCUUGAGCUUGAGUGCAGGCUUUGAUUGGACUACUAGCAUUCUAGACCAAGCGCAAGAAGACGAGAGCUCUGAAGAAGAGGAUAACUUCACUGAAAAUAAGAAAUCUAAACACAGAAAAAAGAGUUCUAUGCAAACAGUCGAAGAUCAAACAAUUGAUAUCAACACAAGGGCGCCAGAAUCGGUCGGCGAUUUCGAACGUAUGAUCAUGGGUAAUCCUAACUCAUCGGUUAUAUGGAUGAACUUCAUGGCGUUCCAGCUACAGCUGGGUGAGGUUGAUAGAGCUCGCGAGGUUGCCGAACGAGCAUUAAAGACCAUCAACUUCCGGGAAGAAUCCGAGAAGCUCAACAUUUGGAUUGGUUUGCUCAACCUUGAAAACACGUUCGGCACCGAAGUGACCCUGGACGAAGCUUUCUCGAGGGCCUGUCAGUACAUGGAUUCUUACGUUAUCCAUACUAAGCUGAUCAACAUCUACCAAAUGGGUAACAACUACCAGAAGGCAGCUGAUUUGUUCAAGGCUACUGCCAAGAAGUUUGGAUCUGAUAAAGUCGGCAUUUGGGUAUCUUGGAGUGAGUUUUUGAUCGGGCAGGGCCAAAGCGAAGAAGCUCGUCAAGUGUUGGCUAAUGCUUUGAGAGCCUUACCAAGACGCAGCCACAUUGAGGUUGUGCGUAAGUUUGCGCAGCUUGAAUUCACUAAAGGUGACCGCGAGCAGGGCCGCUCCCUGUUUGAAGGGCUCCUGGCAGAUACACCCAAGCGUAUUGAUCUGUGGAAUGUGUAUGUCGAUCAGGAAAUCAAGGCGGGCGACAAGAAGAAAGUUGAGGAUCUUUUCGAAAGAAUUUUGAGUAGGAAGCUUACCCGUAAGCAAGCCAAAUUCUUUUUCGGCAAAUGGCUAGAAUUCGAAGAAGCGAGGGAUGAUCAAAAGAAUGCAGAAUACGUGAAGGCGAAGGCUUCUGAAUAUGUCGCGAGGCUUAACCAAAAAGCGGUGUCUGCAGAAUAG